CCAAACUGCAGUAACGUUACUAUGCUAGCUAACGUUAGCUAUAGCUAACUGGGUGCCAGGUCGUAAGCUACACAUUUCAUUACCUCAACAGUGUGUAUUGUCGUCCACAGCUGAUUUGUCCGGUAUAAUGGAUUUUAAGCCAUGGAACAAAUGCAUUUUCUGAGGACGUCAUUACCCUGGCCCCAGGUUGCUCCUCUCACCUUCCCAAAACUCUGCCCCUGCGGUCUGUGGUCCAUAUUUUAAAUGAAGAGGAGGGCUGAGGAUUCUGGCCCAAGGAAGGAAAGACACCGGUUGUAGUUGGUUCCGGUGAUGUGCCAUGGGCUACGACGUCACCCGGUUCCAGGGGGAAGUGGAUGAGGACCUGCUGUGCCCCAUCUGCAGUGGGGUCCUAGAGGAGCCCGUUCAGGCCCCUCACUGUGAGCACGCCUUCUGCAAUGCCUGCAUCACCCAGUGGUUCUCGCAGCAGCAGAUAUGCCCCGUGGACCGCAGCGUGGUGACGCUGGCCCACCUGCGCCCCGUGCCCCGCAUCAUGCGCAACAUGCUCUCCAAGCUGCAAAUCAACUGCGACAACGCCGGCUUUGGCUGCGUUGCCGUGCUGCGCCUGGACCAGCUGCAGUCGCACCUCAGGGACUGCCAGCACAACCCUAAGAGGCCCGUCCAGUGCGAGCAGGGCUGCGGUCUGGAGAUGCCUAAAGAUGAGGUGUCUAGCCAUAACUGCAUCAAACACCUGCGCAGCGUGGUCCAGCAACAGCAGGGCAAGAUCGCAGACCUGGAGAAGGCCUCUGCUGAACACAAGCACCAGCUAGCGGAGCAGAAACGGGACAUCCAGUUACUGAAGGCGUACAUGAGGGCCAUCCGCAGUGCCAACCCCAACCUGCAGAACCUGGAGGACACCAUUGAGUACAAUGAGAUCCUGGAGUGGGUGAACUCCCUCCAGCCGGCUCGCGUCACCCGCUGGGGCGGCAUGAUCUCAACGCCAGACGCUGUCCUCCAGGCGGUCAUCAAGCGCUCGCUCAUCGACAGCGGCUGCCCGCCUUCCAUCGUUAACGACCUUAUCGAGAAUGCCCACGAGAGGAACUGGCCUGCCGGCCUGGCCACGCUGGAAACGCGGCAGAUGAACCGGCGCUACUAUGAGAAUUACGUGGCCAAGCGUAUCCCGGGGAAACAGGCGGUGGUGGUGAUGGCCUGUGAGAACCAGCAUAUGGGGGAGGACAUGAUCCUGGAGCCAGGCCUGGUCAUGAUCUUUGCCCAUGGGGUGGAGGAGAUACUAUGACCGGGCUGGGGGUGGUGGAAAGCAGAGGGGGAGACUUCUGACUGACCUGAAUUGAACAAAGGAGAGGAGGGAGCAGCGGAUGCUAUGACACGUAUGUCUGCGUACUGAAUGGCAGCCAUUUUGAAUGUAGCCUAUGACACAGCAAGAGCAGGGGAAGAUCCUAUGACAGGGUAGGUUUAAAGGAGAUGAUAUGACACCAAUAGAAGGCUUUAGAGGGAAAACUAUGACAAUCGGGGGUAUGGUAGUAUCAAGUGGGGGUGUUGGAGGG